UCUCACAUCUCGCCUCUCGCCUCUCGCCUCUCGCAUCUCGCCACCCCCAAAGUCCCUGCUGCUCCCUACAUCACCUGCUCCUCGGCUCUCGACUCCAAAGGUAGUAUUUUGUUUUCCAUUGGAGAUUAUGAAUAGCUUCAUCAGAACUUCAAAUUCAAAUCGGGCCUCUUCUUCAUUCACUUGAUGAUUUAGGUUUUCUGAUUAAUUGGCAUGAUUAUUUAUUAAAUUAAUAGAGUGAGAUAUAAAUGAUUGACUGAUUCUUGCUGUUUUGAGGAUUGAAUUUCUUUGAUGUGUACUUGCCUAUUUCUUUGCUGUGUUUUGAGGAUAGAAAGCAUGCUACACUUGUUAUGCUUUAGCUGGGAGCAUCUAGCUUUGCAGGGGACCUUUUUUUACAGCAGUCAAACAAUUAUAAAUCUGAAUAACCCAAAAUAUUUAUGCCUCGGUUAAUUAAGAGGUCUUUUUUUUUUUCAAACUUUUCAUUCGGUUUAUGUAUAAAAGGGUUAAUUUCAAUCUCCAGUUAUAUGGUUUUUAAUCAUUGCAUCAAGAAUAUUAUGUAUAAAAAUGUUACAUGGUUUAUGUGUAAAAAUGUUACAUGAUUACUGUUGUGAUUAUUGUUCUGAUGAUUACAGUCAAAUAUGCAAUUACUAUUAUGACCAUGUUUAUGGUUUAAGACCAUUUCAAUUAUUUAUUUGCUUGUAUGGUUAUAUACGUUAUUAUAUUUUGCAUUAAAAGUGAGUUGCUCGAAUAGAUUACGCAACACGCAAUUUUACGCUACGCAGUAUAAAAAUCAAAACGCGACGCAGUACACUAUAUACGUUUUAAAACACUGGGUCUACCCAUAUAAAAAGUGAUCUUUUAUGCCAAAAUUCUUUUAUGCAUAAAUACCAACAGAAAAUCAAAUACUCAUUUUACAGCGCCGAGUUUGGAUAAUAGAUUAGGAUCUCUCUUUCUCUCAUCAUCUCAGUCGGCGGCACAUAGCGCUCAUUUUCUUCUUUAGCCCCGAGUAUUGAGUCUUUUUGAAGAGCUCUUGGAACCGGUUCUCAGCUUUUCAUGGAUAUAAAUCGGACCGAGGUAAUAUUUUUCUUGUGGAGGUUAUAAUUUGUAUUGUAGAUUAUUUCUGUUUUCUCGGUCUUGUGUUCCCUAUUUCUAUCUGUUGCUUGAAUAUGGCCCUGGAGAGGUGUGUUAAUGGCAAAUAUUACGGUGGACUUCUGUUUAUUGUUCUGGUAAGGAUUGUGCAAUCUAUUAACACUCGUAUUCAGUCGCUGGUUUUAGAUGAAGUCGUAAAUUAUAUGCCACCUUACACGUAAUCUGUACUAAUCUCCAAGACAAAGCAUUUUAAUGGUUCCUUUUUACUGCUUACUGGUACCCUUUAAUGAAGAUUCAUGAGCAUUUAUGGUAUCCUCAUCUUUGUAAUUUUAUAUUUUAUUUUAUUUUUUUUGGGCUUUACUUCACGAGGUUUUGGAGCUUAUUUUCCAACAGUGCCUUAUACACAUACUUAGGGAUUUCAAGAAAACUCUGCACAUAGUGAACGAUGCCUUUUGAUAUAAUAAGAAGGUUUGACUUCCUUGGUCGUGUUUUGGUAUGUAAUUGAAAAUAGUGGUUUAGUUGAAGGAUUGGGAUACAUGGAGUUAGCAUUUCAUUCUCUUUGUUAAAUUCGAGAAUAUGUAUUUUUUUGGCAUUUAUUUUCCACUAGGGCAAUCUUGCCUCUGAUCAGCACUAGUUUACUCUGGAUUUGCAGGAUUGUCACAUUUUGUCUAUUUGUGUCAUCUUUUUAUUUGUUUCCACCAUGGAAUGUCAAAAAUUUCGAUUGAUUUAGUUUAAAUAGACUUCUGAAGUGGUUCAUGGAUUUUUUUUUUCCUGCUCUCUUCCUUCUUAUUCUUCUUUGUUCUUUUGUUCCAUUUUCCUUUUUCUUUUUUCUUCCAUUUUUCGUACUGCUUCAGGGGAGUAUUGCUGAUGAUCUAUAUUCAGAAAUCUUGCAGUCAUCAAGUGUUGGGUUAGAUAGAAGACCAACUGCUGCCCAAGCAACCAACAACCCAAAUGAAAGUGAUGCAGGCGAUUUGUGGUACGAUGAUGAAUCCUCUUAUGAAAAUUCUGUCGAGAGAUUGGAUAAAGCAUGCGACAUGGAGAGAGAGUGGGAGAGGAGGCAUAAUCAAUUCCACACGAUAGGCUAUCGUGAUGGCCUCAUUGCUGGAAAGGAAGCUGCUGCACAAGAGGGGUUCAAUAUUGGUUUCAAGGAGUCCAUUUUAACUGGAUACAACUGGGGUCUUGUUAGAGGAAUUACCAGCGCUAUGGUGUGUUUACCUGAUGGGUUGAAAGAAAAAUUAGUCAAAACGGAGGAAACAAUGAGCGAGUUUCGGAAAUUGCAUGAACAUGUGCAGUCACUCUCGACAACGGAUGCUUUGAAACUCUUUUACGAAGACCAGAAAAAGAAAUUGGAAAAUCAGAAAGAAAGUAAUAAUCAUAGCCACACAGAGGAAGUUUUAGAUCAUCAACAUUCGGAUAACAAUGUUCUUGAGAAUUGCCAUAGGCAGCUUCAGUCACUUCUCAGUGACACUCCUAUGCUUGACAAGCCUGAGGAUUACGGCUACAGCUGUUGUUAA